AUUUAUAUAUUAUAACAUUUUCCCCAUUGGCUAAAACGUAUGUGACGCACAUGCGAUAUCGAAGAUCGUAAAUAUAUUAAUAGCAGCCGAAGAGUCGCAACAACAGAACAGUUUUGCCUGUGUAGUCAUAUUUUAUCUAAAUCAGACAAUUUGUUUUAUUUCUGAACGGCAUGCGAUACCAGGAUCUCCACAUCUUUGAAUUGUGUCAAGAGAAAUGUGAAGGAAAUUUUGAGCAGAUGCUGGCGCCGCUCACGCCACGAUGAGGUUCGCAGUGCAAGAAAAAAGCGGCAGAGUGAGAGCUCAUUACUUACAAAUGUGCUCUGUAUUAAAGGGGCAGUACGCCCUUACACGAGCUCCGCGUCAUUCAAUCAUUUCCUGAUUACAGUGAUCUCUACUCCUGUGGAAACACGGCAACACUGUGUUUAACAGUCUGGAGCAACACAGCUAAGCAACUCGAGGCUCUUUAAACGAUUUUCAUUUACAAUGACAAAUGACUGGACGGCUGCGGCGAAGAGCGCUUAGCUGAUGCACCAUCAUCAAACGCAGCCAAAUCUAAAAGCUGGCUGGCCCUCGACUUGUAACUCAGCAAAUAAUCACGAAAACUGGAAUAACAGCAUGGACGCUCCUCAGUAUUCGGGCUACCCUCCACAGUACUGGUACCCUCAGUCUCAUUCCACAGGACACUAUGCAAAUUCCUAUCCCUCAGGAUCCGAUGUUCAGCCACAGUACAAUCCACAGGUAAUGCCUGGAGGAUAUCCAAAUGGCCACGGAGUUUACAGCCCUGGGCAGGGUCAGUAUUCAGCGAGUGGCUUCCACCCAUCGAACCCUUUCUACUGUGCUGACCCUCAGAGACCUCCUCCAGGUCCGUAUCCUAACCAAGCCUGUCCAGCAGAGCAGAGCAGCGGGCCCUCUGGCCAGCCACACUCUCAGCACCAACACCAUCACUAUCCUGGUUCACACUGUCAAGGGGGUCCUGGAUACCCACCUGGACCGUACCCCCACUACAGUGAGGGCGGACAUGCAAUGCCUGCCAAUCCCCCGUACCCGACUGGCCAGUCUGUUCAUCACAGCCCUCAGCCUGACGCAUGGGGACACUCUGGUCCAUACGCACCCUCACAGCAGCAAUGGCAGCCAGGCCAGCAGCCUCCACAAAACCACUAUGGAAACCCUGUCCGUCCAGCGCAUCCUCCAGCGUGGCCAGGAACUGGAACUGGUGCCCCGCCACCAUACCAGCCCAAGGAUCACCAGCACCAGCGUGCUCCACAGGUGGGACCGAAACCCAGGCCAACGCCACCUCCGAAUCCCCCCAACGGAAAACCUGCUGAAAUAAGUUCACCGCCGCAAAUGUACAACAAAACCGGGAGAGGUGACGUGAAUCCUCCCCAAAUAGAGCCCCCUCCCUCAGCCCCGGCCCAACCUCCAGCACCAGCUGCAGGUCAGGCUGGACCGACCCUGAGUGACAACCCCAGCCUAGCUAAAGUCCAGCUGGUCAUGGCCAGGGUUAUGCUGCUUCACGAAGACGUUGAUGAAUUUGUUGGCAAAAAAACAGACAAGAGUUAUCGGUGUCUGGAGGAACUGCUCACCAAAGAGCUGCUGGAACUGGACUCUGUGGAGACUCAGGGACAGGAGAAUGUCCGGCAAGCCCGAAAGGAGGCUGUACAGAGAAUCCAGGCCAUUCUGGACCAGCUGGAGAAGAAGGCCUUCUGAAAUGGACUUAUUUAUUUGCGGAUCACCAAGUCUUGUUUUCUUCUUCCAAUCUUCCAUGGACACUUUGAGGUUCUAGUCUUGUUCUUCAUAGCUGUGUUACGUUGAUUUUUUUUUGUGUUUGUUUUGUUUUCGCCACCAUGAUAUUAUUAGAUGCCUAUCAUUUGAGGCAUGGACCCUAGAACAAGACAGGGCAGCUACUGGUACAUGGAAUCAAUCUUUAAAUUCUGAUGACGCCUGUUUAACUGUUACGACAGUAUUAGACGUGAAGGCUGAUGGUUGUACUGUACAUAUCAUAAGCGACUUUCCACCUCAGUGAGUGAUUGCACUGGCUACGCAACCUGACGCCCUCGAUCAUCUUAUCUUUUAUGUCAUGCCUUUGCCAGCACAAUCCAGGGAGGACUCAAGGAAGGAUUGAUUUAUUUGACGUCACGCUGCCACUGUUAGUCGUCUCUUCCCCGUGAGACAUAUUCAGAUUUUCACCACGCUGUCCCUCAGGAUAGUGGGUCGGUCUUUGUCUGAUCCUACACAUAACGCGUGCACCUCCUUAGCCGCUUACGUUUCACGGCCCAUUUGCAUGGUCAUGAUGUUGUCCUCUCCGCUGAUGGAAUCAAUACACUUAGUCGCCCAUAUCCACUGAUCGCUUCGUUUUUUCUGAAGCCGUGGGUUUCUUUUCCCUUGUGCUCCCCACCCUGCAUGCACUAAUGUCAGACAAGCACCCGAUACAUUCAUAACACCUCAGAGCUCAUCAUCAGGCCCAGACUGUAGCAGAUUAGUGAAAACCCCCUAAAGGUCACUGUCCUCAUUGUUCCAUCCUUUGCAUUAAAUUGCUUCCUGAGCGCAGACCUGCAAAGACACCUACAUAUGAAUGCUUUGUAUUUCAUUAGGAGCUACUGUAAUUACGGAUAGGUAAAGACGAGCUUAAGAAUUACUUGAAAACCUGUUAAAUAGUGUUCCUUUUCUCCCUCUGUGAACACACACAUGUAAAGGAAAGGGUUUUCUUUUUCGUUUUCAGUAAUGUUUUCUGCUUAUGGACAGUAUUGCUAACAGCAAUUCAAUCAGUUGUCGAGUUUGUGUUUUCUUUAGUUCAAUAAUCAUUACUAUAUCAGACCAGAUUUGCACCACAGUUCACUGUAUUGUGUACAUAUUUUGUUUUUGUGUGUGUUUAUUUAGUAUAAAUAUAUAGUGCCAUAUUUCAGAGGAUGAUUUUAUAUUAUUACAAAAAAAACUAAAAGAAAAUAAAAAAUAACAUCACAA